AUGUUCGAACAUCAAUGUUCAAUUUCAUCCCCGCUUUAUGUCUACGUGCUCUUCCGCUGCGCUGUAGCGCAAUGCCCAUAUAAACGCGCCUUCCUCAUCGCACCCCGCUAUCGCUUCAUCUCUCUUGCGCGCAUUCCACCUAUCCCACCUACCACACAACUCGCCUUCACAAUGGCUUCGUCCACCCUCCUCACCGAGUACGCCGUGACGCUAUACGAAAUGACUAUCACGCGUUCGCUCCGCGUCAAAUGGCUCGCCGCCGAGCUCGGCAUCCUCGACGACAUAACGUUGCGCCCAGUUGCCCUCCUGAACCGCGAGCAGUACCAGGCCCCCUUCAAGGCGCUCAACCCCAUGUCCGCCGUCCCCUUGCUCUGUCUGACGCACAAAGAGACGAAGGAGGAUACGCUUGUCACCGAAAGCGCUGCCAUCUGCCACUUGCUGACCGAUCAGAUCCCCACCGGCUCUGAUUUCAAACCGCCCGCGACAGACAUCCCAGCCUACGCGGCGUACCACCGCUGGAUCGCCUUCGCGGCAGCCUCCAUGGACUCAAUUUUGUGGCAGAUCCGCCUGAACGAGCAGCUGCUGCCCGAGAAAAUGCGUAGUGCGACGGCCGCUAAGGUGGCUAGAAACACCUUCUUGAAGAAAGUUGUGCCGACGCUGGAACAGGUGUUCGAGGGAGGCGCAGAGUUCGUGUGCGAGCCGCACUGGGCCGGGUUUUCGACUGCCGAUAUUAUGGUCGGGUAUGCAUGCCGUUGGUCAAUGUGGUAUGGGUUGUUGGACGACUCGCCAGUCCUGCUGGCUUAUGUAGAGAGGGUUAUGGCGAGGAAGCAGUUUAAGAGGGUGUUUGGCGACGGAAAGUUGUGAAGUGGGAGUGGUUGUAAUUGCAGAAUGUGCACCAUGUGGAGAGUUGGGCUGUUGUGAAUACCGCAGCAGUUUCAAUGGGAGCGACAACUAGAGCUCAGACUUUUCUAAGGGCAGCGGAGCGACUUCACGUGUAUGAAGUAUUCUGUUGAGAUGGGGAAUGGGGAACGGGAAAGCGCUGCUUUGGUACAGAGUAAAGUCUCGAUAUGAACCGAAA